AUGAAUAAGAUGACGGAGGAACAAAUGUUCGGUAAGUCAUAGUUGUUUAAUUGUAUCUCAAAAGAGGUUAACUGAUUGGUAAACAGUUUAUCUAAACCGCUUUACUAACUUAAACACCCGUUAAAACAUGGGCAUUCUGAAUCACUUAAUAUUUUGGACAAACAUUCUGGAAGUGCUUAUGGACUGUAAGAGUCUCUAGCUUUUUUUGGACUUGCUUGUGCCUUAGAAAUGGGAGCCGCGCUGAAAAAAUGUUUAAUUUCCUAAAAUAAUAAUCUAAGACUUUAUUGUUUUGCUCGCUAGAUGCAGUUUGUAAUCGUUAUUGUAAUAUAACGCCUAAACGUGCAUAAAACAUAGGUAUAUAUUGGCCUUCAUGGUCAUGCGUAUAAAGUUUAAACAUGGCGCAUCACUAUCGGUUGUAUUUAAAAGGCCUUUGUAAACGAAACUAUGAUUUUUAAUUUAAGGUUUCAUUACAAGCGUAAUUAAAUGCGUUCCUACAACAUCAAUUAUUUUUAGUCUCAAGUAAUACUGGUACGUCAUCUAAUUUUUCAAAGCAAAAUACCCUUUGGUUGGGCGUAUUCUAUUCGCUGCCGCCUUAAUUUAACAUAUUUUUAGGCUUUUGAUAGGUAAAUAAUCUUCAAAAGUUAUUGAUUAAUAUUUCAGAAAGACUGCCUUUUUCGAAACAUCGUAAGUUUGGCGUCGGUUUUUCAAUAUCUGUCUGAGUUUUGUUAACUCACCCCUGGUACCAGACAGCAAAAUUUCAAACUGAUUUCAAGACUUUUUUUGGUUUAAUAAAAACGCCCACUUUGUAAUUAUCACUUAGGUUACCUCACGGUAAUUUCGGUUUGGCCACCUAUCUUGUAAAAGUAAACCUCCUUAUUCACCAAAAAUCAAAAAAGGCGAUAUAUUUGGAUUAACGCAAACUGUAUCUUCGGCUUGAAGCGGUCUUUAAAUUGUGCGCAUUUUAUAGACGGCGCAAGUCAAUUUUCCACAAAACAAUCCCACCACAUCUACAAAGGCCGUUGGCGGCUUCGCGAUGCUCUACAAUGUUUACUACACAUAUUUGUUUCAGUUCCGUGUUGCCUGGUACUUUACAAUUAUGACAAGUAUUCACCAUGGUGGAAAUGGGAACGCUCAGAUGGCUGUAUUCUGAAUCUGACCAAAUUGCUUAAUUCGGCCGUUGUAAAUUAAUUAUGUGAAAACGUCUAUUUGAGUUUGCCUGUCUCGUGCUUUGUAGGAACCUUCCUCUAUCACGAGUUCGAUCAAAGCAUCAACCGUCACGAGUUCAUGCUAUACUGGAUAAUGGAUGUGGGUAAACAAAACAUAACAAAGGUAUGUACGUGUUCUUCUACGUUCUUUGUCCAUUUAAUUAUGUAUUUUCAUCUAGCUUUAGAGAUUAACUACACGCUCGGAUUCACUUAAUGUUCUGAAAACUUUUAUUAUUCCUAGUUUAAGUGCGGAACGUGGAAUGGAGACAUCUGCGGCGGUAAGGGUGUCUACACAAAGCCUUGUGGUGAGCGGCUUAUAACAGUGCAAAUUAAACCAUUUAAUUUAAACUUAAGAAGAAGCUGGCUAUUGCUGAUUGCGCCCAAAACUCAGUAUGUUUUUACGAAAAAUUACGAGCCAUUUUAAGCUAUUUGAAUGUGAGAUACUAGGUGUGAUUUGUAUGUUUACACUGACGAUCAGUUUUGUUAACAUUAAAAAUGAAAUUAGAGUUUCACAUUGUAAGAGCAAGCAUCGUAACUAAACAAAAUCCUACAAAAACGAACCGAACAUCGAAAUGUCAAUGCAGAUUUGCCGUUUAUUAUUAACAUGUGUCUGUGUUCGCACCAAGUAUUUUCUACUGUUAAUACGACGGAUAUUUUUAAAAUUCAACGAGAUCAAAAAGGUGGCCUUGUGUUUUGUUUUACCAUGAUCUGAUCAACCGGAGUUUAGGAAAUGUAAGUUAUUAAAUGGGGGCGGAGGUGUAUGGUAAUUACAAUAUAAAAAGUAGAAAAAUGCGCUUCUGAAACUUCUUUAUGUCAAACAGAUGCAAAUGAGUGUAUGGCGGUGAAAAAUAACACUGCUGCGAACAUUGUCGUUCUCAACAGUCUAACAUUUGCAAAACCUUGUAAAUGGCGUCGCAACAUGCCUAGGAUAUAGCGCCAAUGAAAAUGUAUAACUGUUUUGAAAAAUCUCAUGCAUGUUAGUAAAAAUCGCUUUGAAGGCGUGGGGAUAAUUGCUUUGAAUGGAUGUACAGUCAAGUCAAGUAGGACGAUAUUUCUUUGUUUGGCGUUACCUAGAAAUAUUGCGGACUAGGAGUUUGUAAACCAGGGAAUAAAGUACCCACAAACGCAGUUUAUAUGUCACACAUUGCUGUGGUCUUGGAAACUAUACUACUAGUAUAAAUUUGCUCUAAAUUUCCGUUUCGUGUGCAGUGUUGAAAUAUAAUAAAAUCGAUUGCACCUCUGUGAUGGAAGAAAUGUGAGAUGGUCUUUGCUGCCUGCGACACAAGGCCUCAAGUACCAAAAAAUAGCGAAAAUCUUUACUUGCGUUACGGGCAUACUACCAAACACAUUGCUCAGCCUAAUUAAAGCAGAAGACUGGCUGAGCACCAAUGCAGUCUGUCUAUUAUUCUGAACUUUCUAACUGGUGCAUGUGCCAAUCGUCAAAGGUAGUAACAACAACAAAACAAUCGACAAGUAUUUGGCGUGCUAACGAAUUAUCGAUCGAUUAUCCAAGACUGGAGGCGACUGCGCAGGGCUCUGUGCCUCAGCGCUAUAUCGAUCAAUCGAUUGGCUGAGUUCUCAUUCGUGGCUGUGACCCAAAUCAAUGAUCACCUUGUUUUGUUUGCGGCGUGGGCUAUUAUCUUGGAGGCUGUGACGCUUCCGAUGCUCGGCCAACUUUCAUCUUUUCUUCUGCCCACACAUGGAACUCGGAAUUUCGCCUACAUUGAACAGUGGUAAACACCUGCAUGGUUUUGAAAUUAAAGCCGAGAGCUUUGUUUAAAUAUAAGUUCAUUUAAUAAGAGAUUUUCACUUUCAGUUCUCUACAAGUAUGGUCAGCUGGUGAUAUUUGCCUACCGCGCGAAGCUUAAGAAGCUUAACAAAGAAGAAUACACCUGUGUGCUAAACGGCACAGAAACGCAGACAAAAGUCAUAAGGAAAACAGGUUUGUAUUUUCACAAACAGGGCACAGUUUUUGGUUUGGUGUACUAUAUAAAUUUUAAGUUUUAGAAUAUGGGAGAACGCAGUUAUGCGUGUUGUGUUCAACAAUUAUAUACUUUAUUGGAUGUAAAUAUAAUAUAAAUUUAGUCGACACUGUGGAUAUAGGGGCCAACGAAGGGUAAAGAAAGAUCUUAAAAUUUUGCGCUUUAUUAAUCUUUCAAUUUUAAUUAUCAUAUUUAAAAGUUUUUAAUUUUACAACGAAACUUUCAUUCUAGCUCUCCAGCCGGCAUCACAAAUUAGAACGCAACAUUCGAUAAUAGGAUAGCGUUAUUCCCGACCUAUAGCUGCAGACGACACCCGACGCAUAUACUCUGGCCAAAUAAUUGGUUUUAGAUAUAAUAAAUAAGUGUAUCUAAGUGGGUAGUAGCCAUGCGCUGGUAGGUCUGAGUAAAAAGUAUUAAUUAACCUUUACAGAAUUGAAUUAUUAUUGUUGUUUCUAUUCCUUACAGUUUCCUUGGAAUUCUAA